AAAAACCCCAGAGAAGAAACUGCGAAAGAGAGGAAGAAGAAGAAAGUGGAGAUGGUUCUAUGGCGCAUCCUCAGAACUCCGGCAACGAGAUCGCAAGCUGGGGCUUUUCUCCCAUGGGAUCACCGUUGCUCCUUGUAUACUUUGAGAUGUUACUCUGUGAAAGCCGGAGCGAAAUCGAGCCAGAAGCCUCAGAAGAAAUCCGGCGCGAAGAAGCCCGGCGAUGAAUCUGGCCCCGGUGGCGCCGCCGCCGAGCUAGACCGAGUUGUAAUUGAUGAAAGAGCUUUGAGGUCUCGUCUCCUGGCAGAGGACGAGAAGAAACCGUCUCGUGAUUUGGGUCCUAACGGUCGCCCACUCUUCACUUCCACUCCCACUCUGUCUCAGCUCACUCGCAAAGACGCCUGCUCCUACUUCAAAUUCAGUAAGGAGGCACUGAAUGCGGUGUUGCCUGAAGGGUUACCGAAGGGGAUGGUGACGGAGUUUGAGGAGUCAAUGCGAGAGUCUUUGAUUGUUCGACAGAGUUUCUUGGACCUUCGUGAUAACUUCAGGCGUAUUGUUGAUCCUCCUUUGGAUGGUAAAGGUGUUAAAGCUAGAAAACAAAUUGUAUUAGAUGGCCCUUUAAGCUGUGGCAAGAGUAUUGCAUUGGCAAUGCUUGUCCAUUGGGCUCGUGACGAAGGUUGGCUAGUGUUUUAUGCCCCUAGAGGAUGGGAAUGGACUCAUGGUGGGUAUUUCUACAAGAACCCACACACUGGACUUUGGGACACUCCGCUUCAGGCAGAAAACAUUCUGAAGGACUUUUUGAAAUACAACGAAUCACAGCUGAAGCAGCUACAUUGUCACUUGUUUGAUCCUAUUCCACUCGGAGAAGGUGCAGGUGUUGGAUUAAUGAAAGGAAUUGACUCCAUGCCAGUUCCUGAAGGUUCAAGUCUUUUUGACCUGGCUCAAAUAGGAAUCCAGCAUUCUCAUGCUGCAGUUGGAGUAGUUGUUCGUUUGAGAAAAGAGCUAUCAUUAGUGAAAGAUGUUCCUGUGCUCUUUGCAAUUGAUCAAUACAAUAGUUGGUUUACCUUCAGUGAGUAUGAAGAGCCAAUGACUUUGCACUCAACCAGACCAGUGCAUGCCAAAGAGGUUGCAACGGUAAAUGCUUUUAGGUCGAUGAUGCAUAAUGAUAUGAUGGUGGGAGCUUUUUCUCAUUCAAUGGCAGUAGGAAAGCUACGUCAAGACUUGCCAGAUGUUCCUGUGGAUGCUCGCAUUAACCUGCCCCGCUAUAAUUUAGAUGAAGCAGCUACCGUGUGCCAUUACUACCUUAGAUCACUCGACAGAUCAAGAGAACCGGGACUGAAGAAGCCCCGAUUAGCUGAGGACCAAUCGAAUUCUAACGGUGGCCGGCCUUUCGUUCAGCGGCAGCCGCCGGCGGCUACACUCCCGCCAACGAGGUACAGGGCUGCCGGCGGUGGCGAUAGGGACUCGGAGGGGAAUGACAGGGGAGACGGUGCCUACCACCCUCAGCCUGUGCAGCAGUACUCGGAGCUGGUCAACCAGUACAAGACUGCUCUAGCGGAGCUGACUUUCAAUUCCAAGCCGAUUAUUACUAACUUGACUAUAAUUGCUGGGGAGAAUGUGCUCUCCGCGAAGGGCAUUGCUGCAACUGUCUGCAAUAACAUUAUUGAGGUUCCAAGUGACCAGAAGCUGCCAUCACUUUAUCUUUUAGACAGCAUUGUCAAAAAUAUUGGGAGAGACUACAUAAAGUAUUUUGCAGCGAGACUACCAGAGGUGUUCUGCAAGGCAUAUAGGCAGGUUGAGCCUCCUAUUCAGUCCAGCAUGCGGCAUCUUUUUGGAACUUGGAAAGGAGUCUUCCCUCUCCAAACGCUGAAGAUGAUUGAGAAGGACCUUGGAUUUUCUUCUGCAGUGAACGGAUCUUCUUCCACUGUGACAUCUAGGGCAGAUACACUAUCACUACGGCCACAGCAUAGCAUUCAUGUUAAUCCAAAAUACUUGGAAAGGCAGCGCCUUCAGCAGUCAGGCAGGGCACCAAUUGCAGAUUCACCAGAGGAUAUUGAAAGUCCAGAGAGAACUUCGGGUAUCAACCUACAGCGAAGCCAGAUAACAUCACUAAGUGGUUCCAUUGAAGAAAAGAACGUAGGUCUAUUAUAUGGAGACUUGGAAUAUGGUACAGAUGCUCCAAGGAACUCAAUCUUGGGAUCUGGGCGCUUAGGUGCAAGGGCUGUUGAACAAGCACAACCCAAACCUUGGUAUGGAGUGGCAAGUGGUGUUUCUGAGAAGUUAUCUGAUCCAAGAAACGGUUUCCGAAUGAAGCAAGCAGUGCCAGAGCAUUUGAUCCCCAAAUCAACUAAAGCUGCGCAUAUACAGCCAACUGACAGCAUUUCCCGUAAAAGGGGAAACAGUGUUUCUACAAACUGGAAAAACUCCGAGGAAGAGGAGUUCAUGUGGGAUUUGCACUCCAGAUUGCCUGAUCAGGAUGUAACAACCAUCUCUGAUAUCUCAAGGAAGGAUACCUGGACUCCCAAUGACCCUGAGAAAUUGGGUUUUGAAAAUCGUGUGAGAAGGCCUCAAAUUGGGCAUGAUGUUGGGUCUCGGUUUGACAGAGAGUCGUCCACAGAUUCAUUAUCUACUGAACAGAGAGAACUUGGGAGCCGUUUGUCCUCGUCAUGGAGAUUGCAAGAAGCAACCUCAAUGGACGAACUUAUGUUUUCCAGUUCCAACACUAAUCCCAGUUACGCAGAUGGCAAUAUAGCUGCCCAUGGUGGGUUGCCUUCCAGGACAAAUUCUGCAUCCAGGAUUGUAGCAGGACCUCGUGCUGGCUCCCCUCAUGCUGGAGCCUCGGGAUUAGGGGUUAUCCCUACUACUGGAGCCGUAGGCCAACAGAGACUUACUUCCAUUGGGACUUCGUCACCAUCUCAGCAAUCACUACAUCAAGCCGCACCAAGUUCCUCAUUUGCAUCUCGCUAUCCUCCUAGUAGGCAAUUGCCAAAUGCAGCUGACCAUGACUACUCCCAGAUCUUACCUCCUUCCCACCAGAAGGUGCAUCAAUUUUCAAAAAAUUUGCUCCCCCAAAGUGUUCAGUUGGGGAAUAUAAACAGGUUACGGUCUGAAGAAUUGUCUGAAGCUUCUGCUUCGCUUCAGAAGCAAAACCCACCUCUUGAAUGGAAGGCUGGGGCUCCAACGACAUCAGGAAGCUCAGAAUCAGACCAAUCCAUUCAACGUACUACGGAAACUUCAGGCCAACAGAGCACAAGUAGUUUAUUAGCAGCUGUUAUGAAGAGUGGAAUUCUGGGAAAUAUAACUGCUGCUGGCUUGGCUAAGAAGAGCUUGCAAAGUAGUGGGCAAGUCGUAUCAAAGUCAGUUACUAAACCUCCCCUUCCGAAUGAGCCCCUUCCUACCCAAGUUGCUUCUGUGCCGAUGGCUACUUCUGCGUCUUCCAAGUCAUCUACCUCAAGUUUCCCUCAUAAGAAGGAUAAGCAGCAACAGGUUGCACAAGUCGCUCCUAUAAUACAGACCUCAAAGGUGGGAGAUAAGGCGUCGAAUCCAAUUUCAAACCUUUUGAGCUCUUUACUUGUGAAAGGUCUUAUAAAGUCAGAAGCUUCUCCUCCGUCAUCAUCAUCAUCUCAGAUGACCACCGUUGAGCCAGAGAUUCAGAAGAAAAGUACCAUAGCACCUAAAGCCGCCCCAGUUUCUUCUCUGUCAGAGUCUACUCCCAUGGCGCGUGAAGAAUCUCUUAAGAAAACUGAUGCAAAAAGCCAUGCCGAUUUGCUUGUUAAGUCUACCCCUGUGAUGCCGAAGGCAAAAGAUUCCGUCAGUUUGCCUCAGUCUAUACCAGUGGAAACUGAGAGUCUCAUUGGAUUGAAGUUUAAAUCGGAUGUAAUCCGAGAAUUUCAUGCAGCUGUCAUUGAUUCCCUUUUCAAUGACCUUCCUCACCAAUGUGAUGCAUGUGGUCUCCGUCUUAAACAGAAAGAGGGGCUUGACAAACAUUUAGAGUGGCACAGUGAAAGGAAGAUUGUUUCUGAUGAUAAGAGAUGGUAUGCUCAAAUAGAGGAUUGGGUUUCUCCAAACGCUGUUGUUCCUUCUGCAGCUGUAGAUUCAUCUCCCAUGGAUGGCCCUGAGUGUGAAAUGGUGGAUAGAGAUGAUGAACCAAUGGCUCCUGCAGAUGAAGAGCAGUGUGUAUGCAUCUUUUGUGGCGAGCUGUUUGAAGACUAUUAUAGUACUGCAUUGAAUCGGUGGAUGUUUAGAGGAGCUGUGCACAUGACACAAGUUCCUCCAGGUAAGGGUGAACAAAGAAAUGGUCCCCUAGUUCAUGUGCACUGUCGCUCAGAAGGUUCAUCCAGCGAGUUGGGUCUUGUGAAUAGCGUGAAAAUGCGAAGUGUGCGCUUGAUGAUACUAUACCACCCUUGGGACGCCAUUCGGGUAGAAGUUGAGUACUGCAGUACUGAAAUAUUGUCCCCCAUCUGCUCGUUUACUUGUCGUCGUCUGUCGUACAUGUCUGUGUUAUGGAUGAAUCUCUGUUUCUGGUACUGGAUUAUCGACGAGAACUUCGAAUGCUGA